AUGUCGUUGAUAGUAAAUGAGAAGCUGGAUCCAGAGUUACUUUUUACACGGCAAGAGCGUAUUGGACGCGGCUCAUUUGGAGAAGUUUACAAAGGCAUCGACAAUAACACAGGCCAGGUUGUUGCUAUAAAAAUUAUUGACUUAGAAAAAGCAGAAGAUGAAAUUGAGGAUAUUCAGAAAGAAAUACAAGUUUUGUCACAAUGUGAAUCAGAAUAUGUAACAAAAUAUUAUGGUAGUUAUUUGAAAGGCUCGAAAUUAUGGAUUAUUAUGGAAUAUCUUGGUGGUGGUAGUGCAUUAGAUUUAACAGAAAGUGGAAAACUUGAUGAAAAUCAUAUUGCUAUUAUCUUAAGAGGAAUUCUUAAAGGAUUAGAAUAUUUACAUAGUGAAAAUAAGAUACAUCGUGAUAUUAAAGCAGCAAAUGUUCUUCUAUCUUCAAACGGUGAUGUUAAAGUUGCUGAUUUUGGUGUUGCUGGACAAUUAUCAGCAACAAUUAAAAAAAGAAUCACUUUUGUUGGAACACCAUUUUGGAUGGCUCCAGAAGUAAUAAAACAAGCAAGUUAUGAUUUUAAAGCUGAUAUUUGGUCACUUGGAAUAACAGCUAUUGAAUUAGCUCAAGGAGAUCCACCAUAUGCCGAUCUUCAUCCUAUACGGGUUCUAUUUUUAAUUCCAAAAAAUGAUCCACCUACAUUGGUUGGAAAAGAAUGGAGUAAAUCAUUUAGAGAAUUUGUUGAAUUAUGUUUAAAUAAAAAUCCUGAUAAUAGACCUACUGCUAAAGCACUCCUACGACAUCCAUUUAUUAAACGUGCAAAAAAAAAUUCAUAUCUUUGUGAUGUAUUGGAACGUGUUCAACAAUAUAAGGCAAACCAAAUUAGAGCACAAGAUUCUGAUCAUGAAGAUGAUUCAAAUCAAAUUAAUAAUUCUGAUAGUGGAUGGGAAUUUUCUACUGUCAAACAUGCACCAAAUGAUUAUUUAAAUGGAAUAAAUUAUUCUGAAUGUAACAAUGGAAUUCAGUCUUCUAAUAACAUGCAAGAAAAUGUCAACCCGAUAAGUAAUGAUAGUGGUACAUUAAGAGGAGGACGUAAAAAUUAUAGAUCUGAGUCUCCUUCAGUUUUAUCACAAUCAGAUGUAUCAUGUACUGGUACAAUUGUUAUAAAAAAUAAUGGCCAACAAAAUGAAAUGCAAAAAGUUGUAGAUAAAUUAAAAAGGUCGUCUAUUAAUUCAAACUCUUCAGAUGGUAGUAGAAAUUCAAAUGAUCGUUCUUAUAUUAAUGUACCUGAACCACAAGUUAUGCCAACUAAGUUAACUGUUGGAGGAGUUGAAGGAGAAAUAUCAGAAAGUAAUCAUUAUCCGGGUCUUCGAAGGCAUAAUCAAGCAUAUCAAAAAUCUAAUGUUUCAGAGAUAACAGAUGCACCUAGACUUUCAUUGGCUGAUAAUUCAUUAUUAUAUAUAAUAGACAAGUUAUCACGAACGCGACAUGCAGGCCCAUCUUUAGAUUCAUUAGCAAACUCUCUUAAGAAUGCAGAACGAAUGUAUCCAGGAAUUAGUGAUCUAUUAGUUGGAGAGCUUUUAAAAGCAUUAACAUCACCUCAAAUACCAAAAAAUGAAAUAGAUGCCGCUGUUAGGCAAAUGACUAACCCGAAGAAAAUUUAA